AUGAGGAUGCCUGGCCUACCUUUACCUGCCCGGGACGCAGCGGACGCUGGGUGUGAAUUCAGUUACCCUCAGUCUGCAGACCAGAUGCGCCAGCAACAGCUGAGAGCUCGAUUAUCUCCAGAUGAGCAGCUUGCUGCCGAAGAAAGUUUCGCGUUGUACUGCAAGCCAGUUGAGCUAUACAAUAUCAUUCAGCGGCGAGCCAUUAGAAAUCCCGCUUUUCUGCAAAGAUGCCUUCAUUACAAGAUACAUGCAAGCCGAAAAAAGAGGAUUCAGAUAACUAUAUCACUAUCUCGAAGUACAAAUACUGAGUUGCCAGAACAGAAUAUCUUUCCUCUUUAUGUUCUGUUGGCUACACCUACCAGUAAUAUUUCGCUUGAAGGGCAUUCUCCGAUAUAUCGAUUCAGUCGGGCUUGUUUGCUUACAGCUUUUAGUGAAUUUGGUAAUAAAGAUCGCACCAACGCUACAUUCAUAACUCCAGACAUCAAGAAUUUAUCAACCUCCCGACCUUGCAACCUUAACAUUAUCCUUAUCAGUCGUGUUUCGGAAGGGCAAGUUGGGGAAAAUCUUGGUGAAAAUAACUGCUCUGUGGACCAUGUGGAAGGCUCUGCUCUCCAAAAGCUUGAAGGGAAAUGUUUCUGGGGUAAAAUACCUAUUGAUCUACUUGGUUCGUCUUUGGAGAACUGUGUAACUUUAAAUUUGGGACAUACAGUGGAGUUGGCUUCUGAAGUUAGUAUGAGCCCAAGUUUCUUAGAGCCGAAAUUUAUGGAGCAGGACAAUUGCUUGACAUUUUGCUCUCAUAAGGUUGAUGCUACGGGUUCAUAUCAACUCCAAGUAGGCAUAUCUACUCAAGAAGCUGGUGCAAAAGACAUGUCUGAAUCUCCACAUAGUAGUUACUCAUACAGUGGUGUCCCACCUUCAUCAUUACCACAUAUCAUAAGGUAA